UAUUAGUUUGAUUCUUUCGGUCUCAUGCGGUGAACGGUUGCUACCUUAUUGCGCGUGGCGCGUGGUUUUUAAUCGGAUUAAACGGAUCAACAGUGACCAUGUUAAGAAUUUAUUUCAAUACAAUAGUUAUAUUCGUGUUUUUAGUGCUCAACGUUAAGAGUUCUGAAAUCCUGAACGACGCACAUAUCUAUCGGGCAUUCGCUUCCAACGAAAUCGUUCCGGAUGUGGUGGAUGAGGCACCGGACUGUUGGCUCCGGGUGGCUUUCAAAAGUGGCCGCGAAGCAGAGGGCGGAAAUCGUUUGACACCUACCCAGACUCGAAGCAUUCCAUCGCUAACGUUUAACGCCAAUGACCGGUCGUUCUACACGCUGAUCAUGACCGAUCCGGAUGCGCCAAGCCGUGAUGAUCCUAAACAUCGGGAGUUUGUUCACUGGAUCGUGGGUAACAUACAGGGAAACGAUCUGGAACGUGCUGAUACCAUCGUUGAGUACGUUGGAGCUGCUCCGCCCAAAGGAACCGGACUGCAUCGGUUUGUGUUUUUGCUGUACGAACAUCCGGAACGUCUUGACUUUAGCAAUGAAGCCCGUCUUUCGGCUCGAUGCCGGAACCCUCGAAGAUACUUCUCGACUCGGAACUUUGUUCGUAAAUAUGGCUUGACCAGUCUGUGGGCUGGCAACUUCUACCAGGCGCAUUACGACGACUUUGUGACGGCGCUGCAGGGCCAGCUUUCUGAAUGUACGCAAACGGACUUGAGCGGGCCCAGAAAUGGAACAGCAGCGUUUGGCCGUACUUGAACAGCACCUAACCAGUCUGGUGUUAUACAGAGCUAAAUAGUUUAAGAUAGUUUUAGUGGAUUACUCUCUCGGCCCAAGAAACUUUUUCGCUUUUUCUUAAUGAUCAUAUAUGAUCAGAAAUGCAGAGAUAUCUUUCUAUAGAUAUUUGUACAUAUCAGGUAAAUAUGAAUAUUAGUCGAAUAUUUGAGUAAAAAAAUAAAAUAAUUUUAAAGCAUAGUGUAGUGAUUAAGUUGUAUGUGUAGCUGAUCCAUCGAAUUUAUUAUAUGUACGGUACGUACAUAUGUGGUGCUCAAAGUUACAUCUAUAGAGUAGGUACAAAAUAAGUAGGUCCAUUUCUUUGAAUAAAUGUGAUAACUUUUUGAAAA